UGGAAAGCAUCAAGAGAAAUGAGUGCAUGUUUCUACAAAGUAAAGAAAGUAAUACAGUGGAGAGGUUUUAGGUAUUACAAACGCACUGCAGUUAGUUUGGCGUAUAAAAUACACGGUGUAAUGAGCGAUGUUCCUGUCAUAAUAAUACACGGUUUACUCGGGUCUAAGAAAAACUGGGAAACUAUGUCUAAGAAAAUCAGUGUAGCUACUAACAAGGCGGUAAUCGCUGUGGAUAUGAGAAAUCAUGGAGAGAGUCCGCACACAGAUAGCCACACUUACCCGGACCUGGCGUCUGAUGUCUUAGAAUUAUUAAAUAAAUUAAGCAUCUCUAGGACGGUUAUUAUAGGACACAGUAUGGGAGGCAGAACGGGGAUGGUUGUGGCUCUAACCAAGCCGGACAUAGUAAAUAGUUUAAUUGUGGUCGAUAUAUCCCCGAUUUCUACACCAGGAACACUAAGCGAUUAUUUUCCAAAGUUGGCAAAAGCGAUGAAAACAGUCAAUUUUAAAGACUCUCAGAACGUUUAUAAAGCUAGAAAUAUUGCAAAGGAAGCAUUAGUAGCGUCAGGAGCAAUUGACGGUGAUGCUGUAGGGUUCAUAUUAAUGAAUAUCGGAGUUAAGGAAGAUAAAUCUCUUGGUUGGUUGUGUAAUAUAGACGUCCUUGAGAAAUAUUUUCCUGAUAUUGCCUCUUUUCCUAAUGAACUGAAUGGAAAGCAGUACCCCGGCAAAACACUUUUCAUCGGUGGCGAAAAUUCUAGAUAUUUGCAGGCAGGAGAUUUAUCAGGGAUUAAGAAUUAUUUUCCCGCUGCUGAGUUAAAAUAUGUUCAAGAUGCGGGUCAUAACGUGCAUGCGGAUAAUCCAGUGGCUUUUUUUAAUUUAGUCAAAGAGUUCUUGAUUUCGUAAAGGACUAAAAGAAAAUAAAUUUUCCUUAAAAAAUAUAUAUGGAAAAUAGCGAAAUAUUAAAACAAUAUUAACAUUGAAUGCGAAAUAAACGUCCAUUAAAUUUUCAAAGUACUUUAUAUGGCCACUUUAUUAUGUACUAGUAACCCCUGAUAUAUAACCUCUGAGCAUAACAACUCAAAUGUGCAUUUUAUAUGCGAUCGUAUAAUGAGUUUAAUAUUAUAUAUUAAAUUAAAGUGGCAUCGGUAUGAUGUAUAAAGAUUUAAUAUCUAUUAAAAGAACACUAAUAA